AUGUUCACCUUCUGCCAUGUUUGCCAACCCUCCUUAAACGUCAAGGGGGAACUCCUCCUAAUGACUCGGAAUAUGUUUUGUUGCAUUUGUGGCAUUAACAUUCCUCUGCAGCCAAAAACAUCUUAAACACUAUUGCGCAAAAUGGGCUUAAGUAGAACUCAACCGAGUAAGUAG